AUGUCGGUCCUGGAUCCCCCGGACCUCCAGCAGCUCUUCACCGUGUUCCAGGGCUCCUCCCCGGAGGACGUGUCCCACGCCCGGCGGUUCUGGAGCUCCAUGGCGCUGCUGCCGCCUCUCGAGUCCCGCCUGGUGUCGGCGGACAUCCGCCAGAGGCUGCCGGUGUCGCGGCCGCAGCGCCGCGGCAGCAGCGCCGCCGCCGCCGGUCACCGAGCGCCUCCCCCCGCCGAGACACCUCCGGAGCUCCUGGAGGAGCGGAGGAGGUACGAGGCCAUGGCCGACCAGAGGAAGGAGAUCCUGGCUCUGCUGAGGAGGCAGAGGGAGCGGAGGAUCCGGAGGGAGCUGCCGAGGGAGGCCUGGAGGUUGUACGGUGUGAGGAGGAUGAGGAUGAAUCAGCUAAAAUACUACACAUAG